AUGGGGGCGGAGGAGAAGGAAGAGGAGCCGUUGCAGAUAGAGACGCUCCUGGAAAAGGCCAAGUUCUAUACGUCCUUGUGCCUCGGUACGACCGCGAUACUCUCGGUGUUUGCUUUCCUCUUCCUCAUCCCCUUCGUCGUGGACCCCGCCAUCUCGACGAUCCUUGCAGACUACGAAGGGACCCCCGUCACAUGCGUGGCCGUGGAGCACGUGUACGCCGAGGGUCUCAGCAACUGCUCCUGGACGUCGUGCAAAGAAGGCUGCACCUCCUCGGCGCUGCGGUGUCACCAGAUACUGGUCAACUACAGCAGAGUCACCUUCGAGGAGUUCUCUAAGGGCAACAUGGACAUAAACUCGCUGGAGUGGGACGUAGGGGAGACGAGAUUCUUCAUCAACACAGAAGGCUGUGGGUAUCCUCCCAGAGUGAACUGUUCGGAGUUCGCUAAGAAGUACGGCUACCAGCACCUCGGUACCCCCUUCCCCUGCUUCUACAGUAGGACUUACCCCGACAUGGUAGUGGCGAGGUAUUCCUGGGACGACAACCUGAGACACUUAGUGUUGUCCCUGGUCAUCCCCAACGUCCUGUUCGGCGUCUCCAUCGGGGUGCUGAGCUACUGGUACUGCCCGGGCUGUAACCGUACCGGGUGCGGGGUCGAGAACACUUCCUACGUCGACAAGUUCAACUCCAAAGACGAUGACGAGGAAGAACUGGACGAAUACGAGGAGGAGGAAGAGGAGUACUGAUCCAGUCUGCACCGGCUUCCCAUCCUCCCAUCGGUCCAAUCCUAGGCCGAGGAAGCCGUGGCUCUUCCGCAGUGUCAAAUAUGCAUACCUCGCGAUUGUGUCAUAACUCCGAAUUUCGAUGUUAUAGGAAUUGUCUCAUAGUACAGAAUGAUGUGUUAAAUUUCGGUGUUAUAACACCAUUCGGUGCUAUAAGACAAUUCCUAUGACACCGAAAUUUGAGAAUUAACAUCAAAAUCUUCAAUUAAGUGACUAUUGGAAUUUUUCGUCAGUAUUUAUACCCGUUUAAUUUGAAUUGCUCAUGAACUACUUUUGCUCAAUCCAAGCAAUAUUAUUUUGGUUUAACCACAUACAUACUAAUUCAAAAGGUACUAUAAGUGUUUCUUACAAGACAUCAGUCACCGAAACAUUCCGUUAUUUCCCUAAUUCUUUAACUAUUUUAGCAUGUAUAACAGUUAUCAACUCACUUAAGCACCAAACCUAUUUCUCAAUCACUUUAUUCACUAUUCCGACACAAACUAUUGCCCUAGUCUCUAAAAUAGUGACAUUUUAAGUACAAUACAUGUGUAAAUUAUUUAUUGUAUAUACACUGUUUAUUAUCGAAGGAAUUGCAACUGUUCUGUGCAUACACCGAUAGCUAGAUUCUAAUGUCUUCCGACAUUUUAGUUCACACAUUUCUUCCAUCUUUACCAUUCUAUAUUUAAUUUGAUCGGUGUCAGAACCCAACAUAUUUGUGUUCUUAAGAUAUUUUCAUCAGAUCACAUUCACUGCCACGAGUAUUUUUAUUUUUGUUGUUGGACUUGAUCUGAAACUGACGUUGAUACAGAAAAUCUAAUAAUCUCAAAUGUAUCUUUUGUUUUCCUGAUAAUUUUCUUCUAUGCUAUCUUUCUUAUUUUUUUAUCGAUCACUUAAUUGAUUCUAAAUUGCGGCAAAAUAUUACUUUGAUGUUUCCAAUCAACAUUCAUUUUUCUCUAAUACAGUCUUCCGCUGGAACUGAUGGUUUUUGGUCGCUUGGAAGAAAUGAACUGAAAUGCUAUAAAAUUUGAAUAGUUACGAUUUCACAUUUUAAGAUCGAGUUAUCUCAUCCAAUCAACCACUAGGUAUGCGUAUAAAUCAAUUAAUGAUUGGGUACAUGAUUGUAUGCUAAGUUACUAAACAUAAGUUGGUGUUUCGACUUUUAUAUUGAAACGUUUGCUGUUUGAUAAAUAAAUGUGAAUUUGUACUCUGUGGAUUUUGGAUUGUGUUUCGUGUACUGAGGAAGUAGUAUUAUUAGCAUAUAUAUGCAUUAAGUUGCUAUCGUUGGGAUGUCUAGGAUUAUAUUGAAAGAACUGAGGUAAAGCUAAUUUCCUGUCGGUUUACCAUAUAAUUUAAUUAACCGUGAUAUUCAAUUAAACCCAAAUUCCCGCUUUUAAGAAAGAAACUUAAUUCACAGGUUAAAUUAGUUACACGUUUUAUAUUAAUUUUCUUUUAAGUGUUUUUAAGUAUAAAACUUUUUUUAUUUAAAUAUAUUUAACUUAACACAUUUAGGCAACAACCCAUAGGUAACUUGAAAUGCAGUAAGAAGUUUUUGAGUUUUCAUAAAACAGCUAGUAUAUAAUAUUAAGUACUAAGUUUUGAAUUCGUUUAAAUAUUCUGUCUUAUUAACCGCACAUAAGGAUGGUUGUGAUGAAUUGCUCAACGGUAAAACAUAAUCAAGGCAUGUGAAUGCACUCUACACAUAUUGUUUAAAAAGACCAUCAAUUAAUUAAACAGAAAAGUCAAAUUAAACAUUGAAUUACAUUCUGCCUCUUAAUCUUUCUUCCCUUUCCUUCCUUGACCAUAUUGUUUUAAUAAAUUUUAAAUUAUUUAACUACACAAAGAAUGUUGUACAUAUUAUUUACAAGGAAUUAUGAUUUCCACAAUUUACUGACUCAAUUUGCUUCCGAUGCCUUAAGGAUUCGUGUUAAUAUUGUGUAAACAUUUCUGUAUAUAAUGUAUAUUUCGUCAGUGUUAAUGAAUGGGUGUAAGUAAUUUGUUAUUGUUUUUCGAUUUAAAUGUGAAAGUAUAUGACAUAACGGUUAUUUUGAAAAUAGCCAAUCGCCCAAAGUUUACAUAAAUUGUUACCAUAUCAUCUUGUUCAUAUUCAUGGAAAGGUAUGUUUGGAUUUAUUGUUGUUUAAUUUAAAUCUGUAGAGCUUGUUAACAAAACCCAAUGCGUUGGGAUGAUCUUCAAUCUAUAGAAAAAGAUUUAUAAUAAAAACAAUUAACAACUUAAUAAUAUCAAUAAUUUAUUUGAAUAUGUUAAGGUAAAUAAUUCGAACUACAUAAAUUAGAAACCACGUCAUGUGAUUUGAAAAAUAAUCACUAUGGUGUCAAAAAUUUCCUGUGAUGAUGUAAUAAGCAUUAAUUUACAUAUUGAGUUUUUUACUUUGCUACAUUGCAGCUUAAGAAAACCAUGCAAGUUAUUUAAAUUCUUUGAUAGUUAUUUUAGAUGAUUAUAACAUGUUUUAUAUUAUAUUACCUUUUAUCAGAACAACAGGGUUUCAAUCAUAAUACCGAAUAGAAAGUUUACAACGGAUUGUCGAAGUUACUUACGUAAUACCUAAUAAUAAUAUUAUCGUUACUGUAUUUAUAUUAUAGGUACUUUCAAGUACCAAAGACGACUACAUCUGGCUUGUCACCGGCCAUGUAAACUGUUAUCAAAUAACUCCAUAGAGUAUAACACUGUAGAGAUAAGUAGUGAUAAGGGAGGGUGGCAAAAGACAAUACUGUACUCACUUCUGCAAAUCACUAGUUUCAUUCAUGCAUUCAAGUCACGUGUACACAUCAUUAAUAAAUUAUUAACUAUUAAAUGAUCUAUGCUUUGCAGUUUCGAUUAUUAAAUAUCUUACAUUUUC